AUGGGACAAAUCAUCGACCUUGGAACUGGCACUUUCAAGAAUAUCCGUCAAGAACAUUGCUUGUUAUCCAGGACAACCGUUACGUUGGAGUUCCAGAAUGAUGCGGCAUAUCACACAAACCAAAUUACCGACGCAGUUGACAUGAAAGCCAUCUGGGUGACUGUCAAGCGAGAAUUGACUGUGAACCUGCGCCUUGAGACAAGUUGGAGGCUUGUGAGGAGUUUACCUGCUGUGGUCGAACAAUUGGUUGAUACAAUGGAAAGAAUAUUGGUAAGUUCUCGCUCAGCAGACAACGUCGCCGUUCACGUAUCUAUCACACUAUGUGAAAGUUUUGAUCGUCCCCGAGAUAGCCUGCGAGGCAAACUACCACCACGCCUAGUUCGAGGGUGUAUCUUGAUAGAUGCGAGUCCGCCUCCAGAAAUCACUAUUGGAACUCUGUCCAAUAUCACGAUUCAUCUCAAGAGUCCUGUCAGCUGCAGCCCCUGGGACAUGUGUUUGACAAAAAUGUGGCUGCAAGACUUUCCUCCAAAUUUAUCGACGCAUGGACACUCUGUCGGCUUGAGUCAUUCCAGCAAAAACCAUCACAUUAUCUCUUUGCGUCCGCAUCAUAUUUUUCCACUCAGGUCAUCUCACGAUCAGCCCCCAUUUGGCCAGAAUGCUGGGUGUGAAAGUACAAACAAGCAGAGCUCGAGAAGCAGUGACAAGUACUUGAAUAGUAACUUUGGUAGAAUCCCAGAGAACUCUUGGGAAUUUGGGUCACUGCUGGAUUAUUCGAUUCGAAGCCUCAUUUUGCUACAACCUCGACGGUGCAUAGAGGGGCUGAGCGAAUCAAGAAGUGCAGAUAGCUUCAGUUUGUCUGAAGUUGCCCCUUUAGCUUUUAGCCCAGGCUACUACGAUAAUAUUCGCUACAGAGCCGGACUUUUGCCUGUUGUGACCAAGUCAAUUGGAUUGCUUUUUCGGAAAAGCUCAUCGCAUACGCUAAUGAUGCAGGACACCACUACUUGGGCGCGUCUAAAAGAACUUUGUGGACACUCUUCCAGUAUAGAAGUCAAUGAUCUGCGACCUCUUAUCAGAAGUGCUAUGUGGAACGCUCUUCAAAGAGGCGUAUACAAAACACGUUCGGCUACGUUGCCUACAAACCUAGUCACUGAUUCUCUGGCUAAUGACACGAUGCUUAUGGAAGAAUGGGAUGCGUGGCCGGAGUCGGAUGAGGAGAUCCUGUCUUCAUAUGAGAAUUCAGUGCCUCUGUCGAUGGGCUCUUACGUCCCAUUGUCACAAAGGCCGCUGAGAUAUUUUCCCGAAGAAGAGGUCAAUGGAUAUGAACACAAAAUUGAUAGUGCAAUAUUCGAAUGGGAAAAUAGCGACUAUGAAUGCGACUUUAAUUCUCAAGUGCAUGAUGAGAGAAGAGAGUCCAUAUGCUGGUCAUCUUCACUAAAUUUGGGAACGACAUCUGAUAUCACAAUUGACAAUGCUAUAUCUUGCGGGACGGCCCCUUUGUGCGAAAGUGUCGCCUAUUCAAAAUAUUCCAAGACGUACGGUGCAAGUUCGAUAAUGGAAGAUUCCACAUCACUGCCAAUUUUGUCCGCCUCUCCGAGCACGAUUGGUUCCGCCCUUCAUGAUAUACCGUUAACUCCCACGUCAACCGCGGAUGGUGAGAAUAUCGAUAUCAUAAUUUCAGAUUCGGGGCAUCAUUUGAAUGAAGACACAGCUAGCAUUGGGGAUUUCUUGGCCAUAUAA